AUAGCCAAACAAACAGAACCAAAAUCACUGACUGAUUUUCACUUACCUGUCUCACAAAUCCUCAAUGGCAAAUUCACCGGAAAAUUUGCACGAUAACCGCCUCGAUUUCCGGGCGCCGCCACCUUCUCCGAUCGCCACCGGUCGCCGCUCCUCUGUCACGAACGACGACGUCCUCGCUGAAUUCCUCGAGCACUCGCUCCGCGUUCCCGAUCUCAUACUGCCUGACCGCGUCUUCCCUCGCCAGCGAUCCGUGGAUGCCCCGCCGAAAAUCGACUUCCAGACAUUGGAUUCCACGGAAACCGACUCCGUCGCGAGAAUUCUGGAAUCAUUUUCCGGAACCGGCUGCUUUCAGCUGGUAAACCACGGAAUUCCGUGCAAUCUGAUCCGAUCCGUGACGACCGCCGCGGCAGGAGUUUUCCGGAUUUCGCCGGAGAAGAAGGCGACGGUGUCCAGGUCGCAGGAAAAGAUUUAUGGAUUUGAGGAAAUCCAUGAAGAAGACGAGAGUGAAAUGAGCAGCGAAGAGUUUGUCUGGGGUAGAGAUGAGAAUUUGAAAUUGGAAAUGGAGGGAAUUUGGCCUCUCGCUUAUUCAAAUUUCAGUGAGAAAAUGGAAAUCCUCUUAUCGGAUAUUGAGAAGGUCGCCAACAAAAUUUUGUUAAUUCUUAAAGAAACUUCUUUGAAAAAUUCAAAAUUUGGAAAUGAAAUGAUUCCGGAGCAAGAAGUGAUCGGCACAAUAUGUCAUCUUUACAAGCACUAUAAAACUGCUUCGAGUGAUCGAUGGGCUGGCUCUUUGAGAUAUGAUGUGAUCAGAAUGCUGAUAAGAGGGUUUGAUUGCUCCCAUAGCUUGUGUUUACAUGUAUGCAAUGAGUCCUCAGAGUUUCAUAUUUAUUCCAAGAAAGGAUGGAUCUCUUUUUGCCCCGACAAAGAUGCAUUACUGGUCACGAUUGGAGAUCAAAUGCAGGCAUGGAGUGGAGGGCAGUACAAGCAUGUGAUAGGAAGGCCAAUCUUUAAAGGUGAGAAUCAUAAGGAUGGCAUCUCAAUGGCUUUCCUCUAUUCUCCUCCAACCAUCUCCAAGAGCUCCAAUGUGAUCAAGAGGGAAAAGACUAUUUCUCUUGGCCACCAAGCCAUAUUGGCUAUUCUUUUGAGUCUUGCAUACUAUUUUUUGGUUUAUAUUUAUAAGAAGUUUUGAUGUUCCCACCAUUCAAAACAAAAUCACAAGUUUGUUCUUUAUAUAUAUAUAUUUUUUAAUGUCAACUUAUACACGUUUUGGUAUUAGAUUGUUGCUUGAUGGGUAUCAUACGUUUGUGGGUUUAUAUUUGUACAGAUAUUUCAGAA